AUGGAAAUCCAUGGUAUGAGACUCCGCUCGCCUUCACCCGCCUCCUCCGUCGGCCGACCGGCUCGUCGUGGGCACUCCUUGAAGGCGGCCGAGGGUUCGUCGCUCGCUUCAGGGAAGGCCAUCAAGGCCAAUUCGCAGAGCCCUCACCAACAUGUGGCAGCAGGUCACGGUGGCCUGCCACACCAAUGCCCGACUGUGACGACGACCUCCGUAAGCUACCCAUCCGUCAAUGGAUGGCCUUCGUGGGUCGCCAACUCGUGCCCUCCUCGGGGAGGAUGGUCUGUCUCGAGAGGUGGCUUGGCCUGUGACGGGUUCGAUGAAUGCGUUCCAAGCGGACAACACGACUGUACCCGUGCCUUCCGCACACCUGAGUUAUCACCACCGGCCGUCGAUGCUCCCGCAUCCCACGAGACGCUGGAUGCCUCGAUGGGCGGCAAGAUCAUGCCGCGUCUGGAGAGCCGGCGGCUUACCCGGGCAGCCGUCGGCAAGAAGAGGAAGCAGGCCAAGGCGGGCAAGAAGCAGUACUCCCUCCUGCGGCCGCUCAGCGAGCUUGCGGCGGCGUCCAUGUCCGGGGAAAUGAUCAAGGCCGUUGAAGCAUUCGUCAACCGCGACGAGUCGGCUCGGCUGAUCGAACGAACGCGGAAUGGAAAGGUCAAGCGACCGCUGAACGACUUCGUGCUCUACCGCAAAGCGUACAGCAGCGUGGCGAAGGAGGAGGUCAUCCCCGCCAAGAACAAGAAUAACCAGCAGGUGGUGUCACAGGUCUGUGGCGAAUCGUGGGGUAUGGAGAAGCCGGCUGUCAAGGCCAUGUUCAAGGGCCUUGCGAACACGGAGCGAAAGAAGCACCUGGCGGCCUUUCCCGACUACAAGUACGCCCCUAAAUCGGGCAAGAAGCCCAAGGAGGCUGGCGAUCGCCACCGGCGGGAGAAGAAAGCAUCCGCCACAUCAGGGGUGGCUCUGAUUCCGGAUGCAAAUGGACAUCCAAGCAACUCGCGGUCAGCGUACGGCCGCGGUCCCGGUCAAUGGAGCUACGAGCUGCAACCCGAUCCUAUGGGGAUUCCCAGAGGCGCGACGUUGUACGAUCCGCCCCCGAACAUGCCGUUCUGGUGCCCGUCGGGAAUCAUGCUGGAACCCGACCAGCCGAGUUAUUACCAAGACAUUUCCACAGUGUCCGAGCCUGUCUACGAAAACGUUCCAAUAAUCAAGGAAGAAAUACCACCGGGAGGAGGAGGGAACUUUGCGGCCCAGACACAUCGGCCGCCGCAUGACGCUGAAUUAUGCCUUGAUUUCUCUGCAAUCGGUCCCGGGCUGUGCAUAGAUCCUUUGCUACUCCCAAGAACAGGGAGGCCAACCUACCAAUACCUGGUCUCUCCAGGUUGGGCACACGAUUAUCAGGAUGGUGCCUUCCAAGGCAACAUGAUGGCCGCCAUGCCGGCCUUGGACGUUGACGGUACUCACAAUGCGUAUCUUCGAGGAAGCGUUCACGACUGGCAAGUGGAACCUUUCAGCCAACUCGGCGACUCUUUCAUCACGCCUGGGGAACAUGAGUGA